AUGCUGGCUACGCCGAACUUGGGCAUAUCCUUUCAGGAUGGGCUGACAAAGCCAGAAAUUCUAUACGGGUGUCUUUUUGUCCUCUUUGCUGUUGCUAGUCUCUGCAUUGCCACGCUGCUCUUCCCAGCAUCCUUCACUCCUGUUUCCAAACUUAUCUCUUGGGUCCUCAGCAUCUAUUUACAGCUCAAAAAUCCGAUUCGGCAUACGGAGACCGGCCGUAGUAUUCCCGGACCGAACUAUGUGUGGCCCAAUGGACAAGGCGAUGUAGAGAAGUACGUGCAGGGGAGAACGAGGAGCGAACAAUGGCAACAAAAAUAUGGCAAUGUCUACCGUAUUUGGGCGGGAAUGACCCCAGAAGUGUCCGGAUACCCUCCUGCCCUCGCGUUGGACACGACGGUUUGA